AACAGACACAACUUAUGAAAAUUGUUUAAAGGUCUUAGGUUUUGUAUAGUAAAGCCGCCGCAAGCACCCUUACGUACGAGCGGUUGGGUACACUUCAAGCGCUUUCCCCACUGUGAUGAUGGGUCAGCAGGAAAAGUCUCACCUUGGACAUGGAUUACUUGCCAUGGAGGAGCCGUAUGUGGGCGCGUAUGUAAUGCCGCACCCUACAAGGCCGAACGAGGAUGCAUUCUGUGUUUGCCCUCUUCAGUUAAGUACCUUAGACAGAGCUCUUUUUUGUGGUGUCUACGAUGGGCAUAAUGGCUCGGAGGUUAGCCACUUCCUCGCCGGCUUUUUUCCACACUACGUGGCGGCCUGCUGUCAAGAUCCAUUAAAACUUGCUGCUUCUCUGGAGGUGGCGUUCCAAGCGGCAGAUUCAGCGUUGGCGGACACUGUGGCGAACUGCCCGGGCGCGGGGUCGACCGCCACGGUCGCGCUGCUGAGCUCAACGGAAAUAACUGUUGCUAAUUGCGGAGACUCCCGGGCGCUCUUGUGUCGCGGAUGCCAAGUAAUUUCCUUGACAGAGGAUCACCGCCCUGCGAGAUCAGACGAGCGGGCUCGCAUCCUGCGGGCUGGCGGUCAGAUUUUGUGGAACGAGGGCGAGCGGCUCAUGGGCGUGCUGGCUACCACUCGGGGCUUUGGGGACCUAGACCUCCAGCAGUUUGGCUUGACAUCUCAACCCGAGAUCACCACCACCCAGCGCUCCCCUGACGACCAGCUCCUCAUCCUCGCCACCGACGGCGUCUUCAACGUCCUCUCCAACCAGGAGGUCGCUGACGUCGCCACACGCGUGCUGGCGCGCGCAGCCCAGCGCGGCCUGCCCCGCGCCGCCGCCGUCCGGCUGGCCUCCUCCGCCAUCGCGCGCUUCAGCCGCGACCGCAACAGCAAGGACGAUAUCACGGUGCUGGUAGUCGACCUGGCGCCCGCAACAGCAGCAGCGGAGGCAGCAACCGCGGAGGCAGCAGGCGCCACCAAGAAUGACUCCCACCGCCUCUGCCCACGUGCUCCUGCCGUUGGAGGGCCUUUCGGCCGGUGCAUGGGUGAGCGGGUGAUGGUGACGCAGCCUGCGGGCUGCGGUGCCGCCCACUUGCAACCUGCUGCAGCGCAGUCAGGUGGUGCAGCAGCAGCAGCCGCCCCGCCGCAACGUCUGGCUUCCUGGCCGCCGCAGCAGCAGCCCCAGAGCGCUGCGGCAGCGGCCGCGGCACAGGCGCCCUGCGCGCCCGGGGCGCAAGAGCUGGUGCGGGGCAUCCCGGAUGCGGCCGCCGUCACGCGCUCCGCCUCCACCGGUGCCCCUGUUGCAGCCUUUGGCGACUUCUGCGGCAGCGUAGCUCCCGCUGAGCCAUGGGCCUCCCACACACUCGCAGCUGCAGCGGCCGCAGCUGGGCUGCUACGUAGCCCCUCCGCCGCGCUGCUGCCUCCCUCCUCCCUCCGACCGCCUCCCUCCUGGACCCAGCUGCCCGCUGCCACCCGGUUGGCGGCGCCAGGAGGCGGCAACAGCCCUUCCGGUCCCGCCCCCACACCCGCCCCCGCACCCCUGCCGGCGUCACCCAUGCCUACGGCCUUCAGGACCCCGUUUCAGAUGCCGGUAGCUGCUGGGGGUUGCAGCAGCGCUUCAAGCGACCGUGGUGGCGCCUGCUCCGCCUCCUCCUCCUCCUCCACCACCGUCACCAUGUUUGGGGCCGCAGUCCCUGCGCUGACCCACAAGCUGUAGCGCGGAGGAGGGCUGGCGGCCGGGUUGUGGAGGGGCACGAUACCGCCAGCGGCGCCAGGCGCAGUAGCGGGGUUGUGGACAUGGAGGUUAACGGAGGCAAUGCGUUGUAGGCUGAGGGACGUGGUGGGCUGUAAAUAAUGUAGAGCAGCUUCCUCUGCUUCUGAUGUACAGAGGUCCAGCAAGAGAUCCAGCAGAAGAACGCGACGACGCAAGAGGCAUUGGCUUUCUUAGCAACAAGAUGCUUGCCUCGAGGUGCGGGUUUGGGAGUGUGAUUGGGCUUUCCUGAAACCUUGCAACGAGUUAAGGCGACUGUGUGACUAUUUAUUUCUCUUCGCCACAUUCAUCGCUUCCGUAUGUAUGUACGGACAGCUGGCGUGCGACAUUCGUACUGGGCCAUUUGUACGGCCCAGUUUACUUCCAAUGCAUCCGGAAUCAUGCAUGAGAGCCGUGACGUGAUGGUUGAGCUGACGGCCACCGAGGGUUUCGAAGUGGCUGUGGUUGCACCUCGCGCCGCCAUAGCGGCUUGUUAGUUCCUCGCCGCGUGAGCGGUUGCAGUUAUGGUCGAGGUCGUUGACAGUUGUAUGCGAAAGGAUCCGCUGAGAGGAGGCGUAAUAGCUGCACAAGGGAGCUUGGGCCAGGGAGUGUGUUGAGGCUGGUAAACAUGUUUAGUAAUGCUAAGAAGGUUGUGCUAAGGAAAUCUGGAAGCCACACACUGGAAGCGUGUGCGUGGUGGCUGAGUAACCUGGCUGCUCCUGGCUGGCUGCCAACAGGAAGUGGGCUGCGGAUACGUUUGUGAGAUAGAGGCUAUAAAGGCAUGUAUAGUUAUUCUGCGGAUAGAACGCGACUAGUACAGAAAGGGCACGAGAGAUGUUGGUUUGGCAUUCCAGGGGGGCGCUUGUGAGGACACCCUGUUCUGGGACAUACAUACGUGAUCCAAUUAUUCACUAAUUUACCGGCCGCGGAAGCAUUGAAUGGGAUGGAGGCGCUCAAGACGUCUUGUUGUCUUCAAGUACCAAAUGCCUCUAGCCUUUUCUAGUCGUUGUGGGGAAAGGCGGGUGUCAUACGUUUCGUUAAAGGGAUGAUGUUUCGGUCCUCGCCUUGUAGGGUUUGUCCUCUAGUUUCGCAUGGUCGCGACAGGAUGUGUUGUCAUGCGAGGACGGUGUACAUAGCGAAGGCAUUAGAGUGUGGGGUUGACGAGGCAACAUCGGAUGAAGCCUCUCCACGGUUUGGCAGGAUGUUACUGAAUCGUUUAGCGUUCUAUAGCGGUCGACCCGUGACUGCCUGGUGGUGAUUGUCUUAGCUUCAGUCUUAACUACCAUCUGGGCGUUGGUCUUGUCAAAUUGGAUACUGCGCGAGGUACGUUCUUUAUCUUGGGCAACCUGCUGUUUGGUUAUCCCUAUGUUGCUUACCGGCACAUGUUGUUGCCUCUGCCUCAUGUCUGUGUUUUGGCAGCCAGCUGUUUGGGAGGUGGUGUGGGUUCCCCGCAUGUAGAACAUAGUUGUCAUGGCAACUCGUCACCCGCCACUUUAAAAUGUGCACUAUUCUUUCUAUAUGCAACAUGCAACAAGUAUAUGAUU